AUGGAGCCAUACCUAUGGAAGACGCGCCCUGACGGUAUCAAUGUCAUCAACAUUGGCAAGACUUGGGAGAAGAUCGUGCUCGCUGCUCGCAUCAUCGUCGCCAUUGACAACCCUGCCGAUGUCUGCGUUAUAUCUGCCCGUCCCUACGGCCAGCGUGCCGUCCUUAAGUUCGCUGCCCACACUGGUGCUGUCGCCAUUGCCGGUCGUUUCACCCCCGGUAACUUCACCAACUACAUCACCCGCUCUUUCCGCGAGCCGCGCUUGAUCAUUGUCACCGACCCCCGUACUGAUGCUCAGGCUAUCAAGGAGGCUUCCUACGUCAACAUUCCCGUCAUUUACGUCGAUGUUGCCAUCCCCACCAACAACAAGGGCCGUCACUCCAUCGGUCUCGUCUGGUGGAUGCUCGCCCGUGAGGUCCUCCGCCUCCGCGGCACCCUCGCCAACCGCGAGACUGAGUGGGAUAUCAUGACCGACUUGUACUUCUACCGCGACCCUGAGGCCGAGGAGAACAAGGACUCCGCCGGCGUUGAGGAGGCCAAGGUCCCCGGCGCUGACGAGGUCGGCACUGGCCCUGUCGAGGCUGGCUUCACCAGCGAGUGGGAGGUCUCCGGUGCCACCGCCGGCGCUGCUUUCACCUCGCAGGCUGCUGCCCCGGCUGGCGCUAGCUGGGAUGCUGAUGCCUCUGACUGGGCUGCCACCACCGGCGCUGCUCAGACUGGCAACGAGGGUUGGGGUGCUGAGGCUCCCGCCGCGGAGGGCGCCACCACCAACUGGUAG